UUUGAAUGAGAGAGAGAGAGUGAACGUGUACCUGGAGAAAAAGUGGCGUGACCGUGUGAAUUUAUUAAUAAAAACCUAACUUAUUCUAGCACUAUAUUAAGUUUUUUACGGCAGCUUUGUUAAACCCUGUUGUGUAUAAAUGAGAACGGUCACCAUGGUCGCUACGAGCAAAUUAAAGACCAAAAGCACCGAGCGCAUUUCGGAGCUGGUUGAAAGGCGAUACGACCAGGUGUGCAUCGAGAAAGAGUUGGAUUUCUGGGAUCGCUGCAUGGCCGAGCCCCAGAUGGCUGCAGACGUCACGGAGGACAGGAGCUGCCACAAGUUGGCUAAGAUGUUCGAAAGCUGCCUGUCCCGGGCCAAGAAAACGACGUUGCACUGCUCCUCUGUGCUGGUACCAGAGAAGCUGACGCGGAGGAUAGCUCGCGAGGUCCUCUGGCUGGCGUCCUGCGAGCCCUGCGGCCUGCGCGGCUGCGUCCUCUACGUCCACCUGGAGCUGGAGAAGGGCUGGAAGCAGCUGGAGCGCAUUGCCUACGACUCGUCGGUAGUGCCCACCUUCGAGCUGACUCUUGUGUUCAAGCAGGACGGUUCAGCGUGGCCCAGCCUGCGGGACUUUCUCUUCAUGGGCUCCUGCUUUGGCCCAAACUUCAGGAACGUGCUUAAACUGAGUCCGGGCUUCCGACUGGUCAAGAAAAAACUGUACUCCUCCUCGGCUGGCACCGUGAUAGAGGGCUGUUGAUCGGUGUUGGGAAUGAGAAACGGGGGGCUCCAUGUGGGGAAAUGAACUCAAAACUAAAUUUGAGACUAAAGUUGGCACAUUUUCCACUCUUUUUUUGUACAGUAAUUUAUCACUCCCAACUUUCAGCCAAUCGGCUUGGGAUCUAAUGUUAAGGUUUUAAACGUAAAAGAAGCCAGAUGUUUCUGACUUUGGUUUCAGAGUCUUUUUUUUUUUUUUUUUUUUUUUUCUCCUAAGAGCAGUUCAUUGCUCAAGCACAGUUUUCUACAGUUUACUUUUCAAAAUGAAUGUAACCGUGUUCACAUCAACAGGUUUGCUUGGGGAUGUACUGUGGGUUCUCUUCUGUUUAAAGGCACUAGCCACUUUUUUUCUUUUUUUUUAGAUGCAUCCUUGUUUCCGGAUGCGUUGAAUGUUAAGCUGCGGUAAUGUGAGGGGAGUUUUUUUUUUCUUCCAAGAAAUAAACGCAUAAGUUUGCAGUUUAGGUGCAAUAAGUUUAUUUUCAUGCUCAAGAUAUUGAGGUGCUCUUGCUCAAAACUCUGCACUCUCUAUCAAAAAAAGCUUGCAUGCAUACGUGUAUGCUCUGCGUCAUCAUCAAUAGGAUGUUGGGGCUUAAAUUUAAAGUCUUUACCGCAAAUUAUUCUUAUUCCUGCACCUUGUGCUCAAACCUUUGCUCUCUAGGGCUUUUCCUCUGCUCAGAUUUAUGCCUCCUGGAACACAAUGGUCAUUCUGCCUGGUUCCAACCAAAGGAAUUGCAUUGUGACUUCUUUAGGAUGCGCUUGGACUCUAAAUAACUGACUGGAGAGUGCAGGUUUUACCCAGAGGAAGAGGAAUUUUGAAUGGUGACUCGAAUAGGAGCAUGAGGCAUUUUGAUGGCAUUGCAGGGGCAACCAAAUGUUUAUAGUACAAGUAGAAUUUAUUGUUUUUUUUUCCCCCUCCCCUAUGUCAAAUUUGUGAAAGUAUUGUACCACUUUUGCUCAAACACUAAGUGAAAAUGAGGAAUCUUCUGCUCAAAUUGAAAACGUGUGCCCCCUGACCCCGGGGGUCCCAGCAAAAGCAUCUUGGCCCGACUUGCAGACCAUUGUGUAGUCUUUGGGCAAACGUGUGUAUCUAGUUGUGAUGCUGUGUUCAAGACAGCAAACAUGUUUGAGAAUUGUGAAGAUGCUGUUAUGGUGUGGCCUGGUCACACCGGGGAACGCGGAGGCCUUAACUCUAAACAAAUGUACGUUCAGCACUUGGAUCAACACAGCGGACUGUUCUGUGUGAAUGUUUUAAUGCAGUUUUAUUUUUAUACUGACAGAUGCACCUUUUCAAAGCAAGAGCUUUUAUAUACAAUUAAAAGUUUGGUUCACUGUG